CGCGGCCGGGAGCUGGCGGCGGAGAGAGCGGCGUCCAGGCUGGAGUCCGUCAGGGGUAGAGCGGCGCCAUGGAGCUGCGCCGGACGGUCCAGAUCUGCCGCUUCCAUCUGCUUCUGCUGCAACACAAGAAGAACGCCUGGCUGCUCUCAGCCCCCCACUGCAGGCAUCGCUCGGGUUCCCAGCCCGCCAGUUUUCCAUCCCCGACGGGGCUGCUGAAGAAGGUGUUCCUGGGGGUGGCCCUAGGGCUGCCACUAGUAGCUGGAGUCCGGUAUGCCCUUGCUGAGAAGCAGGAGCGCCGGAAAAUGAGGCUGCUGGUGGAUGGCAUGGGGCGCUUUGGCAGGUCCCUGCAGGUGGGCAUUCAGAUCUCCCUGGACUACUGGUGGACGGACCGCAUCUUGCUGAGGGGCCUGGACGAGAACAGCCCGGAGUACAUGGACAUUGUGUCCAAGUGCCACCAGCGGGCAGCCGACAGCAUCGUGUCCGGCGCCAUCCAGAACGGGGGCCUCUAUAUCAAGCUGGGCCAGGGCCUGUGUGCCUUCAACCACCUCCUCCCUCCCGAGUACAUCAGCACUCUGCGGGUGUUGGAGGACAAGGCACUCAAGCGCGGCUACAGUGAGGUGGACGAGCUCUUCUUGGAGGACUUCAGUGCCAAAGCCGACCAGCUCUUCCUGGAGUUUGACUACCAGCCGAUAGCUGCCGCCAGUCUGGCCCAAGUGCACCGAGCCCGGCUGCAAGAUGGCACCCCAGUGGCUGUGAAGGUCCAGUAUAUCGAUCUGAGGGAUCGGUUCAAUGCCGACAUCCGGACCCUGGAGUUCCUGUUGCAGAUUGUAGAGAUCAUGCACCCCAGUUUUGGGUUCAGUUGGGUCUUGAAGGACUUGAAGGGGACCCUGGCCCAGGAGCUGGACUUUGAGACUGAGGGUCACAACGCGGAGCGCUGCGCCCGGGAACUGGAGCAUUUCAGCUUCGUGGUGGUGCCUCACGUGCACUGGGACAAGAGUAGCAAGCGGGUCCUGACAGCUGAUUUCUAUGAAGGCUGCAAAAUCAAUGACGUGGAAGGGAUCCAGAGGCAAGGCCUACAUCCCAAGGAUGCAGCAUCCAAGUUAAUCCAGAUGUUUGCAGAGCAGAUUUUCUUCACCGGAUUUAUCCAUGCAGACCCUCACCCGGGGAACGUUCUGGUGCAGAAAGGGCCAGAUGGGAAGACCCAGCUGAUCCUCCUCGACCACGGCCUCUAUGAGAUUCUCCAUGAAAGAGACCGCGAAGCGCUGUGCAAACUCUGGCGAGCCAUCGUCUUGCGGGAUGACGCAGCCAUGCAGAAGUACUCCAGGAAGCUGGGAGUGAAAGCCCAGGAUUACCUCCUGUUCUGCGAGAUGCUGCUGCAGCGGCCCAUCAGCAUGACCCAGCUGGCGCUGUCCAACGUGCUGACUCGAGAAGAGGCUGCCUAUAUGCGGGACAUGGCCAAGAACCGCUUCGACCGCAUCAUGCGGGUGCUGAAGGACCUCCCUCGGUCCAUGCUGCUCGUCUUCCGCAACAUCAACACUGUUCGGGGCAUCAAUGUGGCCCUGGGGGCCCCCGUGGAUCGCUACUACAUCAUGGCCAGAAGUGCAGUGAAGUGCUGGAGCCGAACCGUUGCCCAGAAGCAGCUCGGCCUCAGUAGAAUCUUCCUUUUCCGCUGGAUCCGCUCUCUCUGGGCGAGCCUCAAGUUUGAGGUUGCACUCAGGCUGCAGAUAGCCUCCAUGAGGCUGACGACCUCGUUCCUGCGUUGCCUGGUUUUUGCUGGCUUCCUGGAAGAGAGUGAGGAACAGGAGCAGAUCUACGAGUACCUGCAGGGGUAGGGCAGCUGAGGGGCCCACCCUGCUCAGGCCUUGCAGGUGGGACGGCCGCGAAUGGCAAAAGGACCUUCUCCUAUUAAUAAUAAAAUCCU